GGGUGAAAGUGUCGUGGCUAGUCGUGGGAGGCCAUGGCGGGGAAGUGGCGCUUUGUGGUUUUCGACCUGGGCGGUGUGCUUUUCGGUCCCGGUCUGCAGGAAGGCUUCCGGCGCCUCGAGCGGUCGCUGGCCCUGCCCGGAAACUUCUUCCAAGAUGUCAUUGUACAAGGAGGUCAGGAUGGGCCUUUCUCCAAAGCAAUGUGUGGUCAAAUCGGACAGACUCAGCUUAUGGCCAAGUUGGACGAAGACUGCAAGAAAGCGGCUGCUGCCUCCAGACUCUCCCUCCCAGAGAAGUUCUCCAUUGGUCAGGCUUUUGAGGAGAUGGCAAAUGAAGAAUCACUGAACACAGCUGUUCUGCAAGCAGCCCUGACUCUGCAAAACAAUGGUUUCAAGAUUGCUGUCCUUACAAACAACUGGAUUGACGACACCCCCCUGCGACACAGCACGGGGCACAUGCUCUGUCUGCUGCAGAAGUACUUUGAUGCAGUGAUUGAGUCCUGUCGAAUUGGGCUGCAGAAACCAGAUCCCAAGAUCUAUGAGUAUACUCUGAAGGUGCUGAAGGCCCAACCUCAGGAGGUUAUUUUUCUGGAUGACAUUGGGGCUAACCUGAAGCCUGCUCGGGCGAUGGGAAUGGCCACCAUUCUUGUGAAAGAUGCUGACUCUGCAUUAAAGGAGCUGCAAGAUUUGACUGGGAUUCAGCUUCUCGGACAAGAAACCUGGCCAGCCGCCUGUGACCCAGAAAAUGUGACCCAUGGCUCUGUGACCAUCAAGCCUGGUACCUGGCUGCACUUCGUAGAGAUGGGUAAUGGCCCUGCAGUUUGCCUCUGCCAUGGCUUCCCAGAAUCAUGGUUUUCCUGGCGAUACCAGAUCCCAGCCCUUGCUGAUGCCGGCUUCCGUGUCCUGGCCUUGGAAAUGAAAGGCUACGGGACCUCCACAGCUCCAUCAGACAUAGAAGAAUAUUCCCAGGAGGCAAUAUGCAAGGAUCUGGUGGUCUUCUUGGACAAACUGGGCAUUUCCCAGGCAGUCUUCAUUGGUCAUGACUGGGGUGGGGCCACUGUGUGGAACAUGGCACUCUUUUACCCUGAACGAGUUAGGGCAGUGGCCAGCCUGAAUACACCCUUCAAGCCUGCAGAUCCUACAGUGGAUAUAAUGGAACUGAUCAAAGCUAUCCCUGUCUUUGAUUAUCAGCUCUAUUUCCAGGAACAAGGUGUGGCAGAGGCUGAACUGGAAAAGAAUCUGAGUAGGACUUUCACACUCAUGAUCCGGUCAACCAAGAAAGAGGAUCAUCUGCCUGGAGGUUCGGUUAAUGUCAGCAAAGUACGAGAACGAGGAGGCCUGCUGGUGGGACUUCCUGAAGAUCCCCCUCCAAGUUCCCUUUUGCCAGAGCCUGUACUCCAGUACUAUAUCCAGCAGUAUCAGAAGUCUGGAUUCAGGGGCCCGCUGAACUGGUACCGGAACAUGCCAGCAAACUGGAAGUGGAACGCCUCUGCCCAAGGCAGAAAGAUCAGAGUCCCAGCUUUGAUGGUCACUGCUGGGAAGGACAAAGUUCUACAUCCAGCCAUGAGCAAGCACAUGGAGGAAUGGAUCCCUCAGCUGUCCCGUGGCCAUAUCGAAGAGUGUGGACACUUUACACAGAUGGAGAAGCCUGCAGCUCUGAACAAAAUCCUCAUUGAAUGGCUGGAGGAAGUUCACAAGAAUACUUCUCUGCAAACAACUGCCAAACUCUAAGCAAGACUCCCAGUAUCCCUCCUGCCUGAAUGCUCACGGGCUGACUCAGGGGACUGUAGAGGAAUUAUUCAGAAAGCAUUGAAGUUGACAUAUAUUUUCAUAUAGAUGGUUUGCACAAAUCUGAUUAGAGGCUGUUAGGUUGCCAGAAACCAGCUGCUGAGACCAGAGGAGAAAACUCUUGAGGUUUUUCUUCAUUAUGUGCCUUAGUCCUUUUUCCAGCUAAGCCACGCAACCAGCGUUUUGGAGUUCAGCAGGGAGAAGGGCGCUGUUGUGCCGCUGUGGUUGAUUUCACUCCCAGCUAGUGUUGAAGCAAGAGGAGGUAAUGGUUUUGUGCUUCACAUGGGGUGGAAAAAUGCCUUCGUUCAGUCCUGGACCCUCAUCUGCUCAUCUUGUUUGUUGAAGCUUACUAAGUUUAGAGGCAAAAUAGAAACUAAGAAAACCGUCCAAGGCAAUUCGUACAUUUUCUAAUUAGUAUUGUGUGUCCUGGCGUAACAUUGUUGGUCAUUGUUGAAGCCGGAGCCUAUGAAAUGCUUUGGGGUUAACUCCAGCCCUGCGAGGGUGAGCUUCCCACCUCCUGUGAUGGUCUGCAGUUUUUCUUUUCUUUUUCAAAAAUAAAUACAGCUAUUUUCUCAAUUAAGCUAGUUAAAAGAUUAAGCCAGUUAAAGUGGAUCUGGGCAUUUUGCCUCUACCAAGAGGAAAAUGGACAGAAAAGCCCCCCUUGCUGUUUUUCUGCAUGAUGUAGAAAAACCAAAGGAAAGUUGCCUUGGAAGCAAGAAUUCAGCUAAAAGAUGCUGAGACCAAACUGGACAUUAUGGCGGGGGAUCUAUGAAUGUGUCCCUUAUGGGGUUGGUUUUUUUGCACCUCCAUUGCAGUUGGGUAGGAUUUAACCUUUUCCUUACAUUAUUUUCUCAACCUUAAGUCUCUCUCCUCCCCAACUUAUUUGUCCUAUGGGAGAAACAUAAAAGCCCCUUCCGCACACGCAAAAUAAUGUGUUUUCAAGUCACUUUCACAACUGUUUGCAAGUGGAUUUUGCUAUUCCGCACAGCUUCGAAGAGCACUGAAAACAGUUUGAAAGUGCAUUAUUCUGCAUGUGCAGAAUGAGCCAAAGAGAUUACUUAGAAACAGAACCAAAAGGUUCUCAAAGGGUCAUCUAGUCCACCCCCUGCACAAAUCAGGAAAUUCACAACUACUAUCCCAAUGACCCAUAUUCUAUGCCCAGAGGAAGACAUGUUUUCCUCUAGAGACCAAAUAGCAGUUCUGCCUGUUUAGUGCCUUUAAUGCUCCCUAUUCCUCCCCCCACCAGGAGCUCAGGAUAGUACGGACGGUCCCCGUUUUUCUCUUUUAACUUUCUUAUCCCAGCAACCCUGUAAAGUGGGUGAGGUCUAGACAGGUGGAGGAGCUGAAAGUGGAUCUUCCAGAUCCUAAUUUGAUACCCUAGCCACUGCAGCAUACUGACACUCAAAUUAGAACAAAGGGCACUUGACCUUUCCAUGGCUGCAAAGAAACCAACUUUGGAUCAACUCUUCAGAAAUCAGUCCAGGAUUUUGCUUUUUCCUCUGUGGGGAGGGAUGAUUCCAAGCCCUAUUACCAAAGCUGUUGUCGUCAGUGCUACCACCAAGCUACAGCUGGGCCUGACUCUUUCUCUCUGUUGAACCUGCCUCAUACAGUUGUUGCACAGAUGGGAGAAUAGCUCAUCUUUAUUUGAGUUUAACAGUCCAAAGGCCAGAUGGGAGAAUAAUUGAGCUCCCCAGAGAAAAGGUUGGGAUAAAAAUGUGCAAAAGCAGGCAAGAUCUCUACUGAGCAUCCUAGUGAGUCUUGAAUGUGAGUAUUAAAUGCAGAAUUGAGCUUCACGCUAAUCUCAGCUUUUAGAAAAAAAUUGGGGGCUCACAUCUGCAGGUUAUCUUUGGGAUGGUAGAAAUAAUUUGUGUUUGAUAUCUCAGGUGCCAGAUGAGUGGCCAAAUAAAAUUUCUAAUAGUCUGGGACAAAUUUGUGAGUCCUGGAAAGCUCCUUGUCUCUUUCCGCAUCUAGAAGCACGAAAAGAAGCACAUAUUGGGUAUGACCGUGCAGGUAACAGAAUUCAGCUUUCUUUGGUUCGGAAUUUGGAUUUCAGAAUCUUAAUCUACCGUCCAGUUAUAACUAGAGAUGUCGGAAACCCAGGUUCAAACCCCUCCUUUGCCAUGGAAACUUGAUGGGUGACCUUUGGGGCAGUUACACGCUCUCAUUGUCAAUCCUGGCAAGUAUUUGGAUGGGAGACCUCCAAGGAACACUAGGGUUGUGAAACAGAGGCAGGCAAUGACAAACCACCCCCGAUUGUCUCUUUCCUGGAAAACCCUUCAGAGUUGCCAUAGGUCAGCUGUGACUUGACAGCACUUUACACACGCAAGUUCCUGUUAACUGCUUUUAUUGCAAACAAAAUAUUUUUCUUCAGAAAACUGGUAACUGGAAUAAAAAUUCACAAAUGGUAUUUUUAAUAGCAUGGAGUAGUUCCUUGCUGGGACAAAGGGAGAAACUGAAAUGUUGGGUUUGGGGAUAGUAGUUUCUUUUUUCUUAUUGAGGCUGCUGCAGGGAUCCAUUCUGCUGUUCCUGUGAGUGGUUGCUUCUGUAGAUGAAGAUGCCUUAUCCCAGUGGUGGCAAACCUUUGGCACUCCAGAUGUUAUGGACUACAAUUCCCAUCAGCCCCUGCCAGCAUGGCCAAUUGGCUGAUGGCAGGGACUGAUGGGAAUUG